AUGUCCGAUCACAUAUGUGAGGAAAUCAUAAUCAACGUUCUCCGAAGGCUGCCCAUAAAAUUCCUUCUCCGGUGCACCGCCGUCUGCAAAUCAUGGCGGUGCCUUGAAAAUUCCGAGCGCUAUGAUUUCGUCUUGGAUAAUAAUGACUCUGUCACCCCACAUUCUUGUUUGGAAUUCCCAUUUACGAGCAUAAACCCAUUUUUCACAAUCGUCGGUGCCUGCAAUGGACUGAUCUGCCUCUCUGACGAUCGCGUGUACUACACGCCGACCAUCAUUCUCUGGAACCCUCUUCUUAGAAAGUCGGUUCUUCUUCCCAAACCCGACCCGAUCCACUCUUGUUGCGGAACUUUUUCACAAUCCCUUGGCUUCGGGUUCGAUCCUGUCUCCACUGAUUACAAGGUGAUCAGAAUAGCGUAUGCCGAUCACAUUAGUGUAAGGCGACCCCUCGUGGAGCUUUACGAGCUAAGCAACCACGAGUGGCGGGAUUUGAGCUACCUAGCGCUCGAUCAUGUUAUAUAUAGUAAAUCACGCUCGGCGUAUGUCAAUGGGGCCACGCACUGGGUAGCCCGUCAUGGGGACUCCUAUGAUUUGGUUUUGUCUUUUCAUAUGAGUAAUGAGGUUUUUAGAGAUAUAUUGUUGCCCUGUAGUCUUACAGAUGAUGAUCUUGUUGGGGGUAAGGAUUUGCUGGUCUUAAAUGAUUCGCUUGCUUUAAUUUUGUCGAGCGUGUCCGGCGGGGAGCCGAGCUUUUGCGUUUGGGUUAUGAAAGAGUACGGUGUUCGAGAGUCUUGGAGUAAACACUUGAGCUUCGAUUUACGCAGUUUGGGAGAAAGAUUGGUGAGGCCGUUGUGGGUCAGGAAAGGAGGUGGGAUUUUGGCAGUUUCGGAGGCCGGUCGUUUAAUUUGUUUUAAUCAUGAUGGAGGAAAAGAGAAAGAUGAAGAAAUUAUUAAGGAUAUUGGAGUUGGUGGCUCGAGGCCCGAAUAUUAUAGGCGCUCGAUUCAUGUCGAUAGUUAUACUGAAAGUUUGGUUCUGUUGGAGAAGGGUAUUUAUUCUUCCUAUGCGCUCACUACUGCCAAGUUAUCGACUCUAUUGCGUUCUUAA